AUGAUGAAGUCUGUUAGAGCCCAUUUGGCCAAAAUCAAUAAGCCCGCUGUUAAAACAAUUCAGAGCCCAGAUGGUGAUAUCAUUGAUUGUGUAUUAGCUCAUAAGCAACCAGCUUUUGAUCAUCCCAAGCUAAGAGGACAAAUGCCAAUGCAAGCACCAAGGAGACCAAAAGGGCACCCAUCAUCAUCAAGAAGACCCGCCAACAGAAUGUCUGAAGAAAAUUUCCAGCUUUGGAGCAUUUCAAGUGGGUUUUGUCCGAAAGGAACAGUCCCAAUCCGAAGGACUGUGGAAAAAGAUGUUCUUAGGGCAACCUCUGUCCAACAGUUUGGGAGAAAAUUAAUUCGCACUGUCCGACGAGAUGCUGAAUCUGUUAGCAAUGGCCACCAGCAUGCGGUUGGGUAUGUGGGAGAGGACAAUAAUAAUAAUAAGUAUUACGGAGCGAAAGCAAGUAUAAAUGUGUGGGCACCACAUGUGGCGAAUUCGAAUGAAUUCAGCUUGUCGCAAGUGUGGGUGAUAGCGGGUUCCUUUGGGGACGAUCUCAACACAAUUGAAGCUGGCUGGCAGGCAAUGCACCAUGUUAGCCCAGGGCUUUAUGGGGAUAGUUAUCCUAGAUUCUUCACUUAUUGGACUAGUGAUGCGUAUCAAGCGACGGGGUGCUAUAAUCUGCUGUGCUCAGGUUUUAUUCAGACCAACAACAAAAUAGCAAUUGGGGCAGCAAUUUCACCUACUUCAUCAUAUAACGGCGGUCAAUUCGACAUUAGCUUACUAAUAUGGAAGGAUCCCAGUCAUGGAAAUUGGUGGUUGGAAUUUGGUGAUGGGAAUUUAGUUGGGUAUUGGCCAUCUUUUUUGUUUACUCAUCUUAGAGAGCAUGCAAGUAUGGUCCAAUUCGGGGGUGAAAUUGUUGACAGUCAAAGCACAACAACAGGUCACCACACGACAACCCAAAUGGGGAGUGGACAUUUUGCAGAGGAAGGGUUCGGAAAAGCGUCUUAUUUCCGAAACAUCCAAGUUGUUGAUUGGGAUAACAGUUUAGUCCCUGCCUCCAAUCUUCAGGUUUUGGCCGAUCAUCCAAAUUGUUAUAAUGUUACUGGUGGGAGUAGUAAUGUUUGGGGACACUAUAUUUACUAUGGGGGGCCUGGCAAAAAUUCCAACUGUCCCUAA